UUUCUCUGUGUAUAUGUUUCCAUUGUUUCUAUAGACAAUGUAGAGCCUGAACUGCUGCACACUUACAGCCGAAUCGACCCUUACGACACUCUGAUCCUGUGUGUGCGAGUGGCCGUCCUCACAGCUGUGACGCUGACCGUCCCUAUCGUGUUGUUCCCUGUACGUAGAGCCAUCCAGCAAAUGUUGUUCCCCACCAAGUCUUUCAACUGGUUGCGUCACAUUGCCAUUGCCCUCCUCCUGCUCACCCUCAUCAACAUGCUGGUGAUAUUUGCUCCCAACAUUUUGGGCAUCUUCGGCAUCAUUGGUGCAACGUCGGCUCCCUGCCUCAUUUUCAUCUUCCCUGCUGUCUUUUACAUCCGCAUCGUUCCCAAAGAUGACGAACCCAUGAACUCUGUUCCUAAGAUCCUGGUGAGGCCUUAAAAUCUUUCUCUCUUC